GCUUCAACUCCGUUAUUUAAAAGCCUCCGUGACAGACGCGCAGUCCACUCAACAAACACGCUCAGUAGGGAUCAAUCAAAUCAAAGAACUGAACGGAGAAGAUAUAUUACAGCUCGUGAGGAAAUAAUUUCUUGCAAAAGUGACGGAUAACUUUUUCUUUAUUCGUCGUUUUGAAUUAUUCACCACACUUAACAGUAACUUCACAUUUGAUGGGACUCUCAGAAGUUUCCAGCUGUCUUCUGUCCGGAGCGGAGCAUCACGCCGAAGAAUUGAUGGAGAUUUUGCGAACUGAAAAACAACCUGGACGACAGCUGCAUUUGUUUUGCACAGGAUAAUACUGUUUUACAUAGUUUACAGUUACAGCUCAAAGAGGCUUUACAACCUGAUGCCAUAGAAUAUCAUUUACAAGAACUUUAUAUUAAACGAUCUAUACUCUAGUGUUGUAAAGAACCUAGAAACCAGCACAGUUCUGAAGACCCCAUAAUGUAAUCAUGAACCAUGCAAGCAAAAUGGUCCUUUAUAAGAAAAUUGUUCUUUGCUGAACCUAAGAACCAUUAAAGAACCUAGCUGUAAGAUCCUAUGGCUUGAAGCAGAAGAGAAGAGGGGAAAACAUUGGCUUCCAAGUGAUUUUAUAUUUAGAAUUGAAUACACCCUCAUCAUCAUCAUCACAGACUGGAUGUAAAGAUGACAAGCGUCUGGUUUGCUCUGCUGGGCUUCUUGUGGAGCUUUUAUUUGGCAGGUAGCAGUUCUGCACUAGAUGGAUCUGAGCUUCAGCCCAACUUCAUACAGCGGAGGUUGCGGACUCAGGAGAAGAGAGAGAUGCAGAAAGAGAUUCUGUCCAUACUGGGACUGAACCACAGACCCAGACCGCAUUUGAACAGCGGCAAAUAUAAUUCAGCACCCCUCUUCAUGCUGGAUCUUUACAACAGUAUGUCCACUGAAGAGAAGAGCGAUGUGGAUCAGUACAGAUCACUGUUCACCACCACACGACCCGCUUUAGCUUCUCUUCAUGACACAGAGUUCCUGCAUGAUGCAGACAUGGUCAUGAGUUUUGUCAAUUUAGUGGAAAAUGACAGAGAGCUGUCUCCACAGAGAAGACACCAUAAAGAGUUCAAAUUCAGCAUGUCCCAGAUUCCAGAGGGAGAGGCCAUCACAGCUGCAGAAUUCAGGAUCUACAAGGAGUGUGUGACCAGGGCCUUCCGCAAUGAGACAUUCCUACUUAGCGUGUUCCAGGUGGUUGGGGAACAUCCAGAAAGGGAUGCCGACCUGUUUCUGCUGGAAUCUCGCAGGUUGUGGGCUGCUGAAGAAGGUUGGUUGGAGUUUGACAUCACAGCAACUAGUAAUCUCUGGGUGAUGAGUCCACAUCAUAACCUGGGUCUACAGAUCAGUGUGGAGACCAGCAGUGGCUGGAGCAUCAAUCCCAAGGAAGUGGGGUUAGUAGGUCGUGAUGGCGCUGUAGAGAGGCAGCCUUUCAUGGUGGCCUUUUUCAAAGUGAGCGAAGUCCGUCUGCGAACUGCCCGGUCAGUGGGCAAACGACGUCAACCGAACCGCAAUCGCUCCAGCAGUCCACAGGAGGCAUCAAAGGGAUCAGCUAAUACAGCAGAUUACAACAGCAGUGAUCAGAAGACUGCCUGCAGAAAGCAUGAACUGUACGUCAGCUUCAGAGAACUGGGCUGGCAGGACUGGAUUAUUGCACCUGAGGGCUAUGCAGCAAACUACUGUGAUGGAGAAUGCUCUUUUCCCCUAAACGCCCAUAUGAAUGCUACUAAUCAUGCGAUAGUACAGACACUGGUCCAUCUGAUGAAUCCAGAGAACGUUCCAAAGCCAUGCUGCGCUCCCACCAAACUGCAUGCAAUCUCCGUGCUCUUCUAUGAUGACAACUCCAACGUCAUUCUGAAAAAAUACAAGAACAUGGUGGUGCGCGCAUGCGGCUGCCACUGACACAAGGGACACGUGUCGCCCUGCCCGACCGCUGCACCGCAGAGACAGGACUGACAAAACGAUAUAAAGUCAGAGGCGAAAAGCUAGCAUAAUGAAAAAAAAAAAAAACUGAGAGAAUGUCUCGACGGUGGAUCCAAGUUUGCUGCUUCUCAUUUUUACACACAUGGCCAUUUCUCGUGACAUUUCGGAUCCUACAAACUGCCAAGAGGAUGUUCAUGUGAAUCUAUAAACAGAAAAUUAACUUGAAGCCUUAAGUCUGAAACAAUGACACAUAAAGAUAAAUGUAAAUUAUGAGCUAAAAUGCAGUCUGUAUUUAAAAUUCUGUUUCACUUAUCAAAUAUUUAAAGGGGUUGCAUCAUAACACUAUAAUUUCAUUUUCUAAGCAAGGUCUACUAAAACAGUCAAAUCAGUUCUUUGUGACUUUUUUCCCCACCCACAUUCUG